UUGGGAUUAGUUGCAUAGACCCAUCGAACCACAAGGCACAAUUCCUACCUCGUAUCCAGCCCAAUGGUAGACAAUAUUGGUGGAAGUGCUCCCAAUAUCUGUGAUCAUGGUCAGGGAGAUAUCAAGACCGAGCAGCCAGACCAAUUGCUCCCCAUAGCCAACGUUGGGAGGAUUAUGAAGCAAAUCCUGCCACCAAACGCCAAAAUCUCAAAGGAAGCCAAGGAAACGAUGCAAGAGUGCGUCUCCGAGUUCAUCAGCUUCGUCACUGGAGAGGCCUCGCACAAGUGCCAAAAGGAGAAAAGGAAGACGGUGAACGGCGACGACAUCUGCUGGGCUCUGGCAACCCUGGGAUUCGAUAACUACGCCGGACCGCUGAGGAGGUAUUUACACAGGUAUAGAGAUCAAGAAGGAGCUGAGCACAUAGCUAAUGAUAACAAUAAUAAUGAAGACAAACUGAAGCUGCUGGUUAACAACAUCUUGAGUACUGAUCAAGAACAAAGGAUCAUCAUGAUCAUGAACCAAUACGAUCAUCCUCAUCAUGAUAUCCAGAAGACCUAACAAAGGAUCAUCCUCAUCCAUUAAUGUACUGGUGAUAGGUGACUUCCUGACUCCCAUACACUUCAAUCUUUACAGCAGCUGGAAACAUCUGCUUUAUUUCAAUAAGCUAGUGAAACUAAAUUAGAGUCAGUACUGAACAUCACAGAUGCUGAUCGAAUUAGUUUCUAGGAGCUAGCCAUGAUUUUACUGAUGUUAAUUUGCUUUUUCAACA